CCACCAUAAGUGACACGCAGCGCUGAGGCCGACACGUUCGUUUGGGUCGGUCGGGCAGGAGCCUUACCUUGCAUUACCUUAUUGUACCUCCACAGCGUUACUUCCCUCGGCCGGCUGCUCCAAGAGAAUCUGGCAAGCACAGCAUCAAGUUUGCGUCAAGAUGACGCAUGACCCGGAAGACGACCUCCCGCAGUACCUCUGCACAUCCAUCGCCGUGCCGUUCGACGGCAGUGCGUCUGACGAUAGUGGGGUGCCGGCCUACCAGCACGUGCCGGCGCCCGAACUGCUGCUCCGCUACCCUGAUGCUAUCAACAUCUGCGCGCCGAUGGUGCGCUACUCGAAGCAUGCUUUCCGCGCACUCGUGUCGCAGUACAACGUCCAGAUCUCGACUACCCCGAUGAUUCUCGCGCAAGAAUUCAGCCGGAGCGCAAUCGCAAGGGACGCCGAUUUCAGCACUUCUCCCUAUGAACGAGGGUACUUUUCCUUCACGAAGGGGCGAAGCGCAAAAUUGGACCGGGGAGUGCACGGCUCGCGACCAGAGCUGGUACGUGGAUCGUUGAUCUGCCAGAUGGCCGCAAAUAAUGGCGCCCAAUUGGCCGAUGCUGCUGAAUUGGUCGCCCCAUUCGUCGACGGCAUCGACCUGAAUUGCGGUUGCCCACAGCCAUGGGCCUACAGCGAAGGAAUUGGGUCCGCACUCUUGAGACAGCCGGACAAGGUCCGUGACAUGGUGCGGGCUGUCAAAGGCCGACUGGGCGAAGGUUUUUGCAUGAGCGUCAAAAUUCGUGUCGACUCGGAUUUGAAGUUGACCGACCAGCUGGUACGCACAGCGCUGCACGCUGGCGCCUCAAUCCUUUCGAUCCACGGCCGAACACGGCAUCAAGCUUCCGAGUCGCAUCCUGUGAAUCUCGACACGAUUCGCUUCGCCGUCGACGCCGCUCGCUCGUGCGGAAACCAAACGGCCUGCGCCUCUGGAUCUACCGCUUCGCUCGCAUCUGUGGAGGGGUCGCAGAGUGUGGAUGGCGCAAAGGCGGGUCAAGCGGCUGGUACAGACGAUUCCGAGCCCUCACUGCCGGGCCGCACCGAAUGGAACUUCGAUGGCGGCGGAGCAGGCGGAGCCGUGCCAUGCGUAGCGAAUGGGGACGUCUGGAGCUUGCUCGAGGCGCGCGAAUGGCGGCGCCGCACCACCGCCGAGGGCAUAAUGAGCGCGAGAGGGUUGCUCGCCAAUCCGGCGCUCUUUUCGGGGUAUAAGCACACGCCGCAUGAAGCGGUGCGCGAGUUCGUAGCGCUUUCGCUGGCGUGGGGCCUGCCAUACCCUUUAUUCCAACGCCACAUCGCUUACAUGCUCGAAGGCCAGGUUCAGAGACAGGAGGCCAUCCACUUCAACGCGCUCGGUUCGGCUGCGGCCGUCAUUGACUGGUUGACGGAGAAUGAGAUAUUCCCGCCUGACCAUGGCCCGCUUACAUUCGAUUCGACCGUUGCCGCUAAGCGCUUGCGUUCUGCUAUAAUAUAGAUGCAAAGGAGGACGAGCCAACAGAUGACUUUCCAUGCACUGUCUCAGCCAACAGAUGGCCUUCCUUGCCGUGUCUCCUGCUGUACUACAUGAUGCAUUUUCACCCUCCUAG